UAGAAGCUUAAAACAUCCUUUAAUUAUGGGGACUUAAUGGGUAUAAAUACAAAUCACAGCCUUUAGAUCUCCUCAUUCUUCGCCACCUACAUCUCAUUUCCUCUAUAAGCAUUCAUCUAUUUAGAUCUAAAUCUCACGCAGAACAAGAUUAUAAAAAAUGGUAAAGAUCUGUUGCAUUGGAGCUGGAUAUGUGGGUGGGCCGACCAUGGCUGUGAUUGCUCUGAAGUGCCCAAACAUUUCAGUAGCUGUUGUUGAUAUCUCCGUGUCACGAAUCCAGGCUUGGAAUAGUGAUCAACUUCCUAUCUAUGAGCCAGGCCUUGAAGAGGUUGUCAAAAAGUGCAGAGGGAAUAAUCUCUUCUUUAGUACUGAUGUGGAGAAACAUGUUUCCGAGGCUGAUAUAAUUUUCGUUUCUGUUAACACCCCCACCAAAACUCAAGGGCUUGGCGCUGGCAAGGCUGCCGAUUUGACCUAUUGGGAGAGUGCAGCACGUAUGAUUGCUGAUGUGUCCAAAUCUGAUAAAAUUGUUGUUGAGAAAUCAACAGUCCCUGUGAAAACAGCUGAGGCUAUAGAAAAGAUUUUGACGCACAAUGCCAAAGGGAUUAAUUUCCAAAUUUUGUCCAACCCAGAAUUCCUUGCUGAGGGAACUGCCAUUAGUGACCUUUAUAACCCUGACAGAGUCCUCAUCGGUGGGAGGGAAACCCCAGAAGGUAAAAAGGCAAUUCAAGCUCUGAAAGAUGUUUAUGCUCAUUGGGUUCCUGUGGACAGGAUUAUAUGCACCAAUCUGUGGUCUGCUGAGCUCUCAAAGCUUGCUGCUAAUGCCUUUUUGGCACAGAGGAUUUCUUCUGUCAAUGCCAUGUCUGCACUUUGUGAGGCAACUGGUGCAGAUGUCUCCCAAGUGUCACAUGCUGUUGGUAUGGAUUCAAGAAUUGGGCCCAAGUUCUUGAAUGCCAGCGUAGGUUUUGGUGGAUCUUGUUUCCAGAAGGAUAUCUUGAACUUGAUCUAUAUUUGCGAGUGCAAUGGCCUUCCUGAGGUUGCAAAUUACUGGAAACAGGUCAUUAAGGUGAAUGACUAUCAGAAGACCCGGUUUGUGAAUCGUCUGGUUUCCUCAAUGUUCAACACAGUUUCAGGCAAGAAGAUUGCCAUUCUAGGAUUUGCUUUCAAAAAGGACACUGGUGACACUAGAGAGACCCCUGCCAUUGAUGUCUGCAAAGGGCUGUUGGGUGACAAGGCAAUGUUGAGCAUAUACGACCCUCAGGUUCCUGAGGAACAGAUAAUGAGGGAUCUAUCAAUGAACAAGUAUGAAUGGGACCAUCCCAUUCAUCUUCAGCCAAUGAGCCCUUCUGCUGUCAAGCAAGUUAAAGUUACUUGGGAUGCUUAUGAGGCAACAAAGGAUUCUCAUGGGAUUUGCAUACUCACUGAGUGGGAUGAGUUCAGAAACCUUGAUUACAAGAGGAUUUAUGACAACAUGCAGAAGCCAGCAUUUGUGUUUGAUGGUCGGAAUGUUGUGGAUAUGGAGAAGCUGAGGCAAAUUGGGUUCAUAGUUUACUCCAUUGGUAAGCCACUGGAUGCAUGGCUCAAGGACAUGCCUGCUAUGGCAUAAACGAGAAAAAGAAGUCUCAAAAGGGCAUUAUACAAGGAGAAUAUUUGCAGGGUUGAGGUAGAAUAGAGAUACUUGAAAGAUAAAAGCAUCAUCGUAUAAUUUUGUGUUUUGUUUCCCAUUCGGGUAAUAUAUAAUAGUAUUAUAAUACUUGUUUCUUACUUUACAUAUUGUCUUUGGUUCCAGACUCAUUGGUGUCAGGUACUGUUAGUAGAAUAUCCGAAUUUAUUAUUGUUUACUUGAUUUAAUGUAAUAAAACAGUAUUUUAUCGAAUGUUA